CACCCGACGGCUGCGCCAGGGGGCGGGGCCGGGGCGUGGGUCGCGCCAAGGAUGACGCUAGCUCUUGCUCUGGGCCCUCGGUCUAGUCCCGGAAGCUUUCCGAGACGCGUCUCGGAAAAAAAACUUGGCUCGGCCUUUGGCUGACAGGCCUACUGGUCGCCCAGAAGAGAGAGCUGUUCCCUGAUGACUGUGCUGCCAACGGUAGUCAAAGCACCAACCUGAUUACUUCAGCAACCGAAACGCCGAGCUCCCCCCGUUGCUAAACCCCGAGCUUGGCCCAUCGGGGCUUUUCCUAAGGUAAAUAGGAUCCGAUCGCCGCCCUCGGGAGAAAGCGUAGUCUGUCGAGGGAGUUACCGCAACCUAAAGUAAAAUGGAUCUGCCUGUGGAUGAGUGGAAAUCAUAUGUAUUUCAGAAGUGGUCUUUGCUCCCGAAGUCCAUUCAGGACACAAUUGCUACGGCAGACGCUUUAAGGGAUAUCUUUCUUCACUCUUCUUCGCUUCUUCAGCCUGAGGAUGAGAUGUUUUUGAACAAUCUCUCUAGAGGUUACUUUGUGGGAAAGGACCCUAAUGCUCCCCCUUUCUACAGAGAAGAAGGAAACAAAAAAUUUCAGAAGAAGGAUUAUGUGGGAGCCACAGUGCUGUACUCUAAGGGAAUAUCACAUUCAAGGCCUCACACUGUAGACAUUUCACUGUGUUAUGCCAAUCGCUCUGCAGCCCUCUUCUACCUGGAUCAGUAUGAAAUGUGUCUUAAAGAUAUCACGAGAGCACAGAUGCAUGGGUAUCCAGAAAGAUUGCAACCCAAGGUGAUGUUGCGUAAGACCGAAUGUCUGGUAACCCUGGGGAGACUGCAGGAGGCAGGCCAGACCAUCAGGGAUCUUGAAAGUAACUUUGCCGCCAAACCAACCCUAGCAGCUGCCCAGUUUCAAAUUCUGCAGAGAAACCUCUGUCGUCUGAAAAGAAAGGUACAAGAGAAGGGGAAUCUCACAGAAACCUACACAACAACUGUAACCAAAACCUUUGAGGAUAUGGACCUAAGGGAAGAGAAUGAACAGAUUUCCAGUGCGUCGUCAUCUGUCAGCCUAUGCAUAGACCCCUUAAAAGGCCGCUAUCUGAUUGCUACAAAAGAUAUUCUCCCGGGAGAGCUCUUGGUGAAGGAGGAUGCUUUUGUGAGUGUCCUUAACCCAGGAGAAAUGCCACCAGGACUACAUCAUGGCCUAGAGAACAAAUGGGAUACCAGAAUUACCAAUGGGGACCUCUACUGUCACCGAUGUUUGAAGCAUACUCUGGCCACGGUUCCCUGUGAUGGAUGCAGCUAUGCGAAAUAUUGCAGCAAUGAGUGUAUGCAGCAGGCCUGGGAUCUUUACCAUCAAAUAGAGUGUUCUCUAGGGGGACUGCUGCUCACGCUGGGUAUCUUUUGCCACAUUGCCCUGAGGUCGACUCUUUUAGCUAGAUUUGAGGAUGCAAGCAAAGUCAUAAGGAAGCUUUAUAGUGAGAUCAGUAACAAGGACAUGUGUUCACCUGAGAGCGAGAAUCUGGUACAAAUACUCAAUUAUGACCUAGGAGAGGAGGGUGAGAGACAUGGCAAAACAGUUAAGAUCCCAGUUCCAGGAUGUGAUAUUAACGGGAAAUACGAAAAUAACUAUAAUGCUGUCUUCAAUCUCUUGGCCCAUACUGAAAACCAUAGCCCAGAAUACAAAUUCCUCUGUGCUCUAAGUGUCUCUGCACUGUGCAGGCAGCUCGAAGCAGCCGAUUCCAAGAAGCCAGAAACAGCAGCACCUCCUGCCUUGUAUUCGGAGUUGAAUAUCUGGGGAGUAGCCAUGUUGAAGCACAUGUUACAGCUGCAGUGUAAUGCUCAGGCAAUAACCACCAUCCAGGAAACAGCACUUUCAGGAUCUAAAGAAAACAACGUUUGCAACAGCAGGCAGAUCCGCCUUGCCACAGGCAUCUUCCCCGUGGUCAGCCUCCUGAACCAUUCCUGCAGCCCCAAUACCAGUGUGUCCUUCAGUAGCACCGUCGCCACCAUCCGGGCAUCACAGCAGAUUGGGAAAGGGCAAGAGAUCCUCCACUGCUAUGGGCCUCACUACAGCAGGAUGGGUGUUGCUGACAGGCAGCAGAAACUGAGGUCUCAGUAUUUCUUUGAUUGUGGCUGCCCAGCAUGUCAGAAGGAGAAGCACAGAGCCGUUGCCAGGCCCCGGUGGGAGGCAUUCUGCUGUAACCAGUGCGGAGCACUCCUACAGGGAGGUGACAUCCUGAGCUGUGGCAGCAUGUCCUGUACGGAAUCGGUCAGCAGGGAUCACCUCACCUCUCAGUUACAGGACCUCCAGCAGCAGGUUGGGAUUGCCCAGGAGCUUCUCAGAAGUGGUAAACUAGAGCAAGCUGUUCAGCUGUUGCUGGAGUGCCGGCAUGAUGCUGAGAGCUUCCUGUCAGCAGAACACAGCAUGGUAGGAGAAAUCGAGGAUUCCCUGGCCCAGACCUACGCUGCCUUAGGGGACUGGCAAAAGUCAGCUACCCAUCUACAGAAGAGUCUCCGAGUGGUUGAGGUUCGCCAUGGGCCAUCCAGUGUUGAAGUGGGCCAUGAGCUCUUCAAACUAGCCCAACUCUUUUUCAAUGGGUUUGCAAUCCCAGAAGCACUGAACACAGUCGAGAGGGCAGAAAAGGUUCUGAUGGUACACUAUGGCCCUUGCAAUGACGAGAUCCAGGAGCUACAGAAGAUGAAAUCUUGUUUAUUGAACUCGCCGCCCAUCCCAUUGGGGCCUUCAUUGUAGGAUCCCUGGGUUUUCUUCAGAUAGUUAACUACCCUCCCGUAAAAACUCCCAGUUCCCAGAAAAGACUUAAAACUAGUGACUAGAGAGCCUAAACCCGCUAAAAGGUUUUUUUUAGCUGAUCUACAGACAUCUGGAUGUUAGCCUGGGGUUUUGGCUAGACUCCAUUUCACUAAAUGAUAGUCUGUUUUCCUGGAACAUUCCUACGGUUUCUAGUAGUAAUGAAAUGUUGUGUACCACUCCAAUGGGAACUCAUGCUGUUAGUAGUUGUGUUGUAAUUGAAAAAUAAGUAUAAAGCAAGAAAUCACCAAGGCUCCUUUACCUUUAGAGACACCAUUUCAUUUACGGUAUCUAGCUUUCUUGACUCCAUUGUUAAAAGUGGUACUUGUGUAAAUUGUGAAUAGAGAAAUAAGUAUGGAGCCACUUUAUUGUUGAGCAAUCUCUUCCUGGGAUGACAACUCUAAAUUUGUCUUCUAUCAGGUUUCCACUCCUUAUUAUCUGCCUCUCAUUCUGUCCUCUGGGCAGACUCGCUGACCAAACACUAAUAGAAUCAAGCUUAUAGUAAUGACAUGCGGACCUCCUUUCUCAGUUCUGUGUAUCAGCAAUCCUGAAAAGAGACUCCCUUCUACCAGACCUCCCCAAGCUGGCAAAUGAACCAUAACCUGCUUGAGUCCUGAGCCAUGUUGGCGGAGACUUCAGUAGAUGCUGGAGGGUAUGGCCAUUGCUGCUUGUGGUUUCAAACUCCAGCAAAAAAGGCCGGGGUGAUAGCUCUUUUUGCCUGGAUGUGAACCAAUAGUUGAGAUCUCCAUCCUGGCCAGAGGCAGGGAGACUCUGUACUGAAAUCUCGGUUGCUGUAUGACCAUCCAUGACCAAGUGGUUCCAAUGAGUUAGCAGAAAGGAAUGUCAGGUCCACACGGCUUUGAGAUCUUGCCCACCUGCCCUCGGCAUGCCCAGGAAGUGCCCGUCACUUGCCUCAGCAUUAGAAGCAGGAAAUGAAGAGCACUGAAGAUGUCUGGCAGGAACUUUUCAAGAAGCCAGGUGUUUAGAGUACAGUUUACAUUCAAACAUGUGAAUGAGGGUCAGGCAAAAUCUCAUUUGUCCUUCUUUCUACUAAUUCACCGUGGCAAGUCAGUGCCCAGUGAGGUUUUUUCUUGUGCAGAGUUAAAUUUUUCUUCUUGAAAAUUUAGUUGUGAGGAUAGUUCUAUAUUCUGUUCCAAGCACUUGUCAUGUUUCGUGUUCCUAAAAAAGGGUCUUGUUAUAGUCUAUAAAAUAGGCAUGCUCCCUUAAGAAGAAUGUGCUUAGAGUUUUCACGUCAGGUCCCAUGUUAGGUGUACUUUGGAGCUUUCCUUCAAUGCUUUAUAAGACAUUUCCUCAAGUUACAAAUUACUCUCUUAUCUGUCGUGUGUUAUCCUAUGUUGUCAGGUGACAUUAGCUUAAAUGGGGGAUAUCUGUGCUUGCAUUAAAACCUAAAGCUUUGCGGGGAGGGCAGCUAGGGGCACAGUCGGUUGAGCAGCUGACUCUCGAUUUCAGCUUGGGACAUGGUCUCAGAGUCAUGCAAUCAGGGCCUAUGUCGGGCUCCAUGCUCAGCAUGAGUCUGCUUGAGAUUCUCUCUCCCUCUCCCUUUGCUCCUCCUGCUUGUGCUC